AGCAUCGGCCGCCGGCCAAGACGAAGCGGCCCCGCCGGCGCCGGCGCAGGAGCGAGCGGAAGAGCGAGACGGAGCCGGUCCCUGCGGCCGCGGAGCAGCCCGUCGCGCGGGAGGGCGGGGGCACCGGGCACUCGGUCGGCGGCGAACUGGCGCGGCCGGAGGCUGCAAAGCAGCCGGGUUCCGGCACCGCAGCGUCCGGAGACGCGGCCGAGAGCGGCCCGCAGCGGCAGAGCCUCCCGUCGCCGCCUGUGACGCAAGACAAGGCGCGGCACCAGAGGCGCAAGAAGACAAAGUCGACCAGCGGCGGCGGGGAGGCCGCGGAGAACGGCGCCAUGCCGAUCGAGACCCGAGCGGCGAAGUGUGACGAGACCGGAGAGCUCAUCCCCGGGUCGGUGGCGACUGCGACGUCCGGACGGAGCGCGGCCGAGCCGCCGGCGUCAGAGGUCCCGCUGGCCGCUGGCCGGCAGGCCGACUCUCCAGCCGGGCAGAGCGAGCCGGACAGCAUGCCCAGCACACCGGAGCACACCGGCUCGGCGGACGGCGCGCCGUUCCGUCCCGACGACGAGGGCAAGCGGUACGCCUCGCUGCUGCAGCAGGGCUACGACAUGUUGCCGGCGCGGCCCGUCUUCUUAGCGCACGCGUGCUUCGUCUGCAAGCGGCUGCACAGUAAGCAGUGUCGACUGAAGUCGUGCGGCAGCUGCCGGCUGGUGGCUUACUGCUCAGCUGAACACCAGCGCGCCCACUGGCCACUGCACCGCGCCCUUUGCAAGGUCGUCACCAAGCGCAUGCGCAAACUGGGCACCGACCAUCUGUACCGGGAGGCGUAUAACGUCACCAGCCACGAGGAGUGGAAGAAGGUCCGCUUCAAGCACAUGACCGUCUGCGAGGAGAUGCUGGGACGCCCGAUGGAGGCGUGUGAGAAGGAGAUGUUCCUGUACCCACGCGUCUGCGACACCUGCCGCGAGACGACCCCCGAGAAGCUGCACACCUGCCACCAGUGCCACUCGGUCAGCUACUGCUGCGAGGAACACCUGCGCAAGAACCACGCCAAGUUCUGUAAGGACUUGCGUCUGCUCGUCGACAUCCACUGCUACCAGAACGAGAACGGCGUGUGUGAUCCGCCGCUGCCGGACACCAUGCUGACCACCUACGAACCGCUGCCACCCAACAUCCGCGAGUUCCUCGUAGUUAGCAUGCUCGGCCCCGUCAAGGCGUACGGCAUGGGCGGCAUCGAGCUGGCCACGCUCUCCGAGAACGCCUCCUACCCGCUGACGCUACUGUACGCGCUGCAGAACAUCCCAGUGGCAGAGGAAGCCCACAUCAGCCAGCGCACCGAGCUCACCGUGCAUGUGGUGGGCGCUGAGUUCGCCGCCGAGUGCGACAGCAUCACCAAGUGGGACGUGUUCCUGCUGAACGUGCUGCCGCGUCUGCGGCGGCUGCACGUGGUGUUCGUGGGGCCCGAGCUGGAGGUGCCGGGCAGUCGGCCGGGUGUCACCGAAGAGGACUUCACCUGCCUGCCGUGCCGCGCCGCCGGCAAGAGCUUCACGUGCGAGUUCCAGCCGAGCACGUACUACCACACGUACUGCCGCAGCCCGCAGUUCCGACCGCCGCACGCCAUCUGCGCCUUCAACGCCGGCCUGUACCGCACGACGGGCCACGAGCGGCGCGACUCGUGGCGCGAGACGCUGCCGCACCUGGUGCCGGACGGCGUGCCGCUCGUGCUGACCGCCUACACCAUGCUCGAGUGCCCGCAGGACGUGGCGCGUAUCCAGCAGGAGCAGAAGGUGGACGUGCUGCUGCCGCCGAUGAAGAACCCCUACCGCAGCACGCGGCCCGCCCAGAACUUCCUCAACGAGCACGAGAGCCCGCUCAUCUACAAGAACCAGUACGUGGCCUGCCUGACGGCCGCCCGACCGAGGAAGUAGCGGCGCGGUCGGGCCGCGCGCCGCGGGACCGCCGGCGAGGGCCGCCGCGCCCUCCCCGCCCCCCUCCGUGUGGGGCCCACCUCCGCUCUUUGGCGUGGAAUCCAAUGUAAGCUGUGAAACCGUGUUAGGGCGUGUGCUUAGUCAAUA